AUGCUUCCCAUCCGGUGCGCCAAGUCGCUGCCAUCGGUGAAACUCACACUACCUAUAGGCUUGAGGUCCUUUUUCCGCGCACUUCCUUCUCGGACUCUAUCAACAGCGCAGAGCACCCGUGAUGGCAGACCAUUCCGACUGGCUGUCAUCGGCUCCGGCCCGGCCGGGUUUUACACGGCGUACAGGGCCAUGUCCAGGAUUCAAAAUUCCAAGGUUGACAUGUACGAGGCAUUGCCCGUCCCCUAUGGUCUGGUCCGGUUUGGGGUCGCGCCAGACCACCCGGAAGUGAAGAACUGCCAAGAAAAGUUUGAAGAAGUAGCCUCAUCCCCUAAUUUCACUUUCAUCGGCAACGUCUCCAUCGGCACCAAGAGUGACCACCCAGACGGCGGGACCAUCCCCCUGGCCAGCAUUCUGCGCCAUUACCACGCCGUCGUCUUCUCGUACGGCGCCGCCAAGGACAGGAGUCUCGGUAUUCCGCGCGAGAAUUCAAAGGGUGUCUACUCGGCCCGCCAGUUCGUCGGCUGGUACAACGGCCUUCCAGAGCACGCCGACCUCGCCCCAGAUCUCACGCAGGGGGAAGAGGCCGUCAUCAUCGGCCAGGGCAACGUAGCCCUCGACGUGGCUCGGAUGCUGCUCGAGGACGUCGACGUGCUCCGCAAAUCCGACAUUGCCGAACACGCCAUUGAGACGCUCUCCAAGAGCAAAGUCAAGAGGGUGCACAUUGUCGGUCGCCGCGGCCCGAUGCAGGCCGCAUUUACCAUCAAAGAAAUCCGCGAACUCAUGCGCCUCCCCUCAGUAGCCUUUCACCCCAUCGACACGACCCUCGUCCCAGAAGACAUCAGAUCCCUGCCACGCGCGCCGCGCCGACUAAUGGACAUACUACUCAAAGGCUCGCCCACACCCCCUUCCCGAUCCCAAAAAUCCUGGUCCCUCGACUUCCUCCUCAGCCCAGCCGCUUUCCUCCCCUCCCCAACAGACCCCUCCCGCCUCGCAGCAACCCAAUUCACCCGCACGACGCUCUCCUCCCCCUUCGACCCCAACGCCUACACCCUCCCCACCAAUGAAACCCACACGAUCCCCUCGGCGCUCGCGUUCCGGUCCAUAGGCUACCAGUCUAUCCCGCUCCCGGAGUUCGCCCCGCUCGGUAUCCCCUUUAACGACCGGCACGGCGUCAUCAGCAACGACGGCCGCGGGCGCGUGCAGCAUGAGGAGCGCUCCGCCGACGCCUCCAUGCACAUGGGCCGGUUCCCGGGCCUGUACUGCGCCGGGUGGGUCAAGAGGGGCCCGACGGGCGUGAUUGCGUCGACGAUGGAGGACGCUUUCUCCACGGCCGAUGCCAUCGCCGAGGACUGGGGUGAUGAAAGGGUGGCGUUUUUGAAUGAUGCUUGGAGAGAUGUUGGGGGGUGGGACGGGGUGAAAGGGGAGGAGAGUGGGAUUGGGGGCGUGAGGGUUGUGGAUUGGGAGGGGUGGAGGAGGAUUGAUGCGGCCGAGAGGGAGAGGGGGGCGAGGGUGGGAAAGGAGAGGGAGAAGUUUACGAGGACGGGGGACAUGCUUGCUGUUUUGGGGUAA